AUGAAGAAGGCACCCCCGCCUGCCAGCCAAGGGAGACAGAAGAAGAGCAGCCGUGGUCCAAGUGUGGACAGUGAACUGAGCCCUGUGGACAUCCGGGGGGGCUUCCUGGAGGAGGUGAUACCCACCCAAGGCAUAAGAGCUGGAGUGGAGGUGUCCUCCUGGAACCGGUGCCCCCGAUCGACCGGCAGCGUGGAGCUGGGCUCCCCCAGGCAGCCAAGGAGCCCAGCGGGCACGCUGACUCGCCUGGGCGUCUUUUCUGCUGAGCUGUCACUCAGGGUGUUCUCUGUUGUUGCGAUAUAUUAUUGCCACGGACACCACAUGUUAGACCUCAGUGUCAGCAAAACGAUCAAGGAAACUCAUUUAUUAUUAACUUGUGAUAAAUGUAAGACUGAUUGCUUCUCAGGAUCUGUGCUCGGGGCAAAGUGUGGCAGUAGCAAGUCACUCUUCAAGGCCUUCUCUUCCCCCCAGCCGCUGGGGGAGGGGUUGGCUCAAGGCCGACCUGGGAAGGAUGACCUGGGUAAUAGCAUCCUGGGCCUCCUCGGGUCAACCCCACACACGGAUGCCCGUGACCGCCUCCCAUCGCCACGACGAAUCCACCGCUCAGCAUCCUUGGACUGCCGCCCCUCCCACGGAGCACACACGGUUUUCGCCUUCCAGCAGUCCCCGGAGCAAGUCUGUCACUGUCUCACUCUACAGCCAGUGGAGGCGGAGCUUCCGCAUGCUAGCCAGGGCCUCACACCCAGACUCGGGCCUGUGGGCCCCGAGCUGCGCAGCCUUACCAAGCCUGUGUGUCCUGAGGGCCUCUGUGGACCAGCCCUGCCCUGUGCACACCCGGCCUUCGUGGAGCUCAUGCUGGAGAUGCGCACGAGCGGCCUGGAGGUUGACAAGACUCAGCAGGGCUGGCGGGUGUGA